GACAUCUUUGUUCUCUUCUCCAACGAAACGUAAAAACGAAAGCGAUACCUUUUCGUUCCUUUACCGACGGAAGCUCCAAAGGCUUAAACUUUCCUCGAAUUGACUCCCUCUUUGUCUGUCAACUCAAUGGGAUGGUUAAUAACUCUAACGUUGAUACUCUGCACGUGCCACGCGGAGGCGGCGGCGGAGGAGGAGGAUCGUGCAAGGCAACCUAAGCAGCUGAGUUCGCUGACUGAGGAGCUGCUGCGGAUAGCGAGGGAGCCGGAUUUCUUGGGGUGGCUGAAAAGCGUCCGGAGGCGAAUCCACGAGGACCCGGAGCUGGCUUUCCAAGAAUUCAACACGAGUCAACUGGUGAGAUCCGAGCUCGACUCACUCGGUAUUCAAUACACCUGGCCGGUGGCGGAGACCGGCGUUGUUGGUUCGAUCGGGUCAGGGUCGCAGCCGUGGUUCGGUCUGCGAGCAGACAUGGAUGCUCUGCCCAUUCAGGAAAUGGUAGACUGGGAACACAAGAGCAAGAACAAGGGCAGGAUGCAUGCUUGUGGCCACGACGCCCAUGUCGCAAUGCUACUCGGCGCUGCCAAGCUGCUUAAACUUAAACAUGCCGAUAUAAAGGGCACUGUGAAAUUGGUCUUCCAACCAGGAGAAGAAAGUCGAGCUGGCGCUUACCACAUGCUCCAAACCGGUGCUCUGGACAACAUCCAGGCAAUGUUUGGCCUCCACGUGGCACCCGAGAUGCCGGUCGGCUCAAUCGGUUCCAGACCAGGAACAUUCCUCGCCGGCUCAGGAAGGUUCUUGGCCUCCGUCAAAGGGAUCGGGGGGCACGCCGCCCGGCCACAGGACACAAGGGACCCAGUUGUCGCUGCUUCCUUCAUCAUCCUCGCCCUCCAGCAAAUCAUCUCACGCGAAACUGACCCUCUUCAAGCUGGGGUGAUCUCAGUAGGAUUCGUGGAGGGCGGCCGAGCGGAGAACGUGAUCCCGGAAACGGUGAAGCUGGGGGGCACCUUCCGAAGCACGACCGCCGAAGGGCUAGAUGAUCUCAGGCAGCGGAUCAGAGUGGUGGUGGAGGGACAAGCGGCAGUCCACCGGUGCAGUGGCUCGGUGGACUUCAUGAUGGAAACCAUGAGGCCGUAUCCGCCCACCGUCAACUACCGAGAAAUGUACGGCCACGCCAAGCUGGUUGGAGAAGCACUGCUGGGGGAAUCAAACGUGACGCUACUUCCGCCGAUCAUGGGGGCAGAGGAUUUCAGCUUCUACUCUCAGAAGAUGAACGCCGCCUUCUUCAUGAUUGGUGCUAGGACGACCAAGGUGGGCCCACGACCAGUGGAGCCGCUGCAUUCACCACGACUCGUCAUCGACGAGGAUGUGCUCCCCGUAGGAGCAGCUCUCCAUGCUGCUGCCGCCAUUUCCUACUUGGGCGCCGGUGGUGUUGCUGCUGCUGCGGAACGUAAAGAAACUGGAAAUACUGAUGGAUGAUAUCGUAGUAGAGAUAUUCCACAGCACGAAUUUGUAAUCCUAAAACUUUUUUACCAGUGUUCAAAGAAAAAUGGUUGGCUUGUAAUAAGUUCUUAUGGCUUUGGACGUGUAUUAAUUGAGUCAAUAGAUGAAGAUGGUUUUCUUUUCUUCAUUAUAGAACCCCACCAACGGAAUAACGGCGGAGUCGCAUGCGGCCGGUCCAGUUGUUGCUUCUUGCUGGUCAUUUACUGAUGUUGGGUCAUUCUCUUGGUUUUACCGUCGCCGGCAAUGAACAUCCAGGGUUGGAGUCACUGACUAAGGAACUCAUGGGAUAAUUCCUUAAAUACACAUAAAACUAAAACAAAUUCCUAAACAACCACACUUAUAAAUAAUUUUUUCCAAAAUACCUAAGUUUGAAGUGGUUCGAGUUUGAGGAACUCGAACUACUAACCGGUUCGAGUGUAGGAGACUCGAUCUAAUCGUAGAUCGAUGAUAUAAGCCUCGAACCAUGUGGGGCUGAAGUGGUUCGGGUUCAGUGAACUCGAACCACUCCUUUGAAAUUUUCAACCACCUUAACUUUGUGCUCAGUUAUCCGAUCGUAGCAAACUUUUUUUUCAUUUUGCAUUACUUUUCUAGGACUACAACUUUUAUAAUAGAAAUAUUUUUAGAAUAUAUGUGAAAAUUAAAG